AGGACAUAAGCAGGAGUGCGCACGCGCGCAGCUGGUAAGGCGCGUUGAUUGGCUCAGGAGAUUCCAGUAAAGGAACUUGUCGUCACGGGGGACCUGGAAUGCCAUUGUGCGUUCUCCGGAUCGAGCCACUUCGCAGGCAGCUGGGCGACUAGAGAGAGGAGUCUAGUUGUCCAUUGGUAAGAAGAAAUCUUAGUUUUAAACGAGAGAACUCUGCGUAAACAAUUAGCAUGAAAGAACCUUUGGAUGAUGGAUGUGACAAAACAGUGGCACAGCAAGGGCUUCUGGAUAGAAUUAAAGAAGAGCCUGAUGAUGCGCAAGAAUAUGGACCUCAAGAAAGUGAACUAAAAAUUAGUGCUGUAUUUUCAGCUAGUGACACUUCUCUUGGCUUUCAGCUUGGUCUACCAUCAUCCAACGCAAACACAUCAUUUCCUUCACUUCCAGCUGCUUGUCUGUUUUGUUGUGGUUGUAAAAAACUACUUCAUAAGGGGCAACCUGUAUAUCACAAGGCAGGGUCUGCUCAGCUUUUCUGCUCCACAGGAUGCAUCAGCAGACACUCCUCAGCUGUCAGUGUACCACCUCUUCCCAAGAGAACCUGCAAGCACUGCUCCAGAGACAUUUUAAAUCCAAUGAAUGUGAUCACAACCCAAUUGGAAAAUUCUUCUCUCUGCAAAGAUUUCUGCAGCCAGUCAUGCCUGUUUUCUUAUGAGCUCACGAAGCCUGUUGUUACCGUAUAUACUCGCAGCAUUUCAGUCAAGUGCACUAUGUGUCAGAAGAACAUUGACAAUUUGGCCCAGAAGCCACUCUAUGCCUUGGGGACUUCACCGAUGCUGUCUGCAGAAAUAAUCAAGACUACAAAUGACCCAGGAAAAGCAGAGCUGUUCUGCUCUAUUAAUUGCUUGUCUGCUUACAGAAUUAAGACUGUUAUUUCUUCAGGUCUCCAGGUUUUGUGUCAGAGUUGUAAAGUCGCAGCAGUUCCUCAAUAUCACCUAGCCAUGUCAAAUGGAACUAUUUGCAGUUUCUGUAGUUCCAACUGUGUGUUGGCUUUCCAGAAUAUAUUUAAAAAGCCAAAGGGAAGAAAGCCUUCGUUGGCCCCUGUAUUUCAGAACCAAGAGGUGCCGAGCACAGCCUCGCAGUCUGAGGCGUCUGCAGGACAGGGGGCCCCUGCCUCUUCUGUCAGCAGCUCCGUCAGCAGCCCUGCUGCAGCUGCGCUGGAGACUCUGGCUAGCCAGUCCCAGGAGAUCGCUUUGACUCACUCCUUCAUGAAACUCAAGUGCCAGCAGUGUAACCUUCUAUUUGCCACCAAACCAGAGCUGCUUUUCUACAAGGGUAGAAUGUUUCUGUUUUGUUGCAAGGCUUGCUCUGAUGAGUACAAAAUGAGAAAUAAAGUAAAGGCAUUGUGUGACUACUGUAAGCUACAGAAAAUCAUAAAGGAUACAGUGCGGUUCUCAGGGGUUGACAAGCCUUUCUGUAGUGAAGUUUGCAAAUUCCUCUCUACUCGAGACUUUGGAGAAAGAUGGGGAAACUACUGUAAGAUGUGCAGUUACUGUUUACAGACAUCUGCAAAUUUGGUGGAAAACCGACUGGAUGGGAAGCUCCAGGUGUUCUGCUGUGAGGAUUGCAUGUCCAAGUUUACAGCUCUGUUUCAUCAGACAGCCAGGUGUGAUGGUUGUAAGCGUCAGGGUAAGCUAAGUGAGUCCUUGAAAUGGAGAGGCAACAUCAAAUACUUCUGUAACCUGUUCUGUGUCCUGAAGUUUUGCCAUCAGUACAGUAUGAAUGACCCAAUUCCACAAAAAAAAGUAUUUGUGCUCCCAAAGCCAACAUCAGCAGUUACUCCUAAAGCACAAACUACUUUGACGACACCCCUCUCUCCAAAGAUAGCUACGACACCAGUUAUAACCAGUGUGAUAUCAUUGGCAAAAAUACCUGCUCUUCAGCCCACUGAUGGUGUUUUAACAGGUUCGGAUCCUAAAGAGGCAGCAGAAACCAUUGGAAAUGGAAGUGCACCAGCAGCUGCUGACACACUCCAGUCUUCUCAGUCUCCCAAGCUUCUGAAGAACAAAGGCAUAUUGUGCAAGCCAGUCACACAGACCAAGGCCACCUCUUGCAGGCCAUAUACCCACCAUGCUGCAUGCCAGACAGAUUUACUUCUGCCAAAUGGGAAAAAUGAAGAGCCUGAUUCUCCACCUGCAAAGAAAAAAAGAACGGGCUUUUCCCAGUCUUAUGAUACAGAAUAUAUAAAAUUUGGUUUCAUUAUCCAUUCUGGAUCAAAGGAAAGUUCACCAAGACCACAGUGUGUCAUUUGUGGAGAGAUCCUACCUAGUGAAAGUGUGAUGCCAAUAAGCCUUUGUAACCAUCUGAAGACAAAGCACUCAGAGUUAGAGAACAAGCCAGUGGACUUUUUUGAGGAAAAAUCACUUGAAAUGGAAUGUCAAAACAGUUCUUUAAGAAAAUGUUUACUAGUUGAAGAGUCACUUGUGAAAGCUUCUUACUUAAUUGCUUUCCAAAUUGCUGCCCGGAAGAAGCCGUUCUCAGUUGCUGAAGAAUUAAUUAAACCGUAUUUAGUAGAAAUGUGCUCAGAAGUUUUGGGUUCAAGUGCUGGAGACAAAAUGAAGGCCAUCCCUCUUUCUAGUAGCACAGUUGGGUGCAGGAUCAACAAACUGUCUGCAGACAUUGAAGAACAGCUGGUUCAAAAGCUCCGAGAGUCCAGGUGGUUUGCUCUGCAGAUAGACGAGUCACCAGAGACCUCAGAUGUCACCCGUCUCCUCUGCUUUGUUCGUUUCAUCGAUUAUGACUAUGGCGAUGUGAAAGAAGAGUUAUUAUUUUGCACUGAAAUGCCUUCUCUGAGCACAGAUCUUGAAGUGUUUGAACUAAUAAAUAAAUAUUUUGAUAGUAGAUCUCUGAAUUGGAACCACUGUGUUGGUUUCUGUACUGAUGGGGCUGGAAGCAUGACUGACAGGUGUUCCCGUUUAAGGUCAAAAAUUCAAGAAAUUACUAAGAACAUGGUGACAUUUACACAUUGUUUUAUUCACUGUGAAUACUUAGCGGCGGAAAAGCUAUCUCCAUGCUUACAUGCGGUUCUUUUGCAGUCAGCAAAGAUUUUAAGCUUCAUCAAGAGCAGCGCCUCAGAUCCACGAAUGCUGAGGGCGUUGUGUGAAGAGGUGGGAUCUGAGGAUGCAGGCUUACCACUUAAUGCCGAAGUACGCUGGCUGUCGAGAGGGAGGAUCUUAACAAGAUUAUUUGACCUGAGACAUGAAAUUGAAAUAUUUUUAAAUCAAAAGCAGUCAGAUUUGGCCAGGUGUUUUCAUGAUAAGGAAUGGGUUGCCAAGCUAGCCUAUUUAGCAGAUAUACUUUCACUUAUCAAUAAAUUAAAUUCAAGUCUCCAAGGAACCGUGACUACUUUUUUCAAUUUGUAUAAUAAAGUUGACAUAUUUAAGAAGAAGCUAAAGUCGUGGCUGAAGCACACUCAGGAGGGGGAUUACGACAUGUUCCCUUUAUUUUCUGAGUUCUUAGACUCAUCGGGUGUGAGCGGGAGGAGUGUCGCUAGCAUUAUUGUUGAGCACCUGGAAGGACUUUCUCAGAUGUUCCAUGACUGCUACCCACCAGAAAAGGACUUGCGCUCAGGAAAUUUGUGGCUCACCGAUCCCUUUGCCAGUUGCCAGAACAGGAGCCUCACUGACUCUGAAGAAGAACAGCUAGCAGCAUUAUCUUCAGAUAUGAGAUUAGUGUCCGCUUAUAAAUCAAUGUCUGUAACUCAGUUUUGGGUAAACACAAAGACAAGUUACCCAGAACUCCAUGAAAAGGCAAUGAAACUCUUACUGCCCUUUUCAACCAUCUGUUUGUGCGAUGCCACCUUUGCAGCCUUGAGUGCAUCGAAGCAAAGAAACCUGUUGAUUUGUGGCCCCGCCCUCAGACUUGCUGUUACAUCAUUAGUUCCGAGGAUAGAAAAGUUAGUAAAGGAGAAAGAGUAGUGUCCUUAUUGUUUAUCAUCAGAGUCUAUAAUUUUGUGUUAAAUUUUGUAUAAGUAUCCUAAAAUACAAUUUGCUAAUGUAUUUAUAUUUUCAGUGAUUAAAUGUUUUAAUAUUUUCCCUUUGUUGUACAGGGAUUUAAGAAUUGUGGGACCUAAGCAUAAUUAUUUGUAAUUUUAAUAAUGCAAGGGAGAAAAUGUAGACUUUAUAUUGGUGAUUGUUCGUGGGGUUUCAGAGGAACUGCUUUGCUUAGGGAAUUCCCCAAGAGACCGGGCCAUCCCAGUUGUCCCAGUACACCAGUGAGA